CUAGACGGGGUAGCUCUGCCCGAUGGAUGUUUGGAUUUACCAUCUCUUUUAUCUCCCAGAGCCAUUUCACCUGUGACUGUUGCAGCCCAUGACCAGGAAGCGUUGUUAAAAAGCCGGCGAGCUGAACUUUGUGUGUAUGUGAUAUCCCGCCUCUCUUCCACCCACGUUCUGGAGCCAUUCGCUUUCGACGCGUUUGCUUUUGAUACCGAAUCACCAAGCCCCGACUGUGAAGGGGUUCGUUGUCUCUCUUCAAUUUGAUCACGUCUUUUUCUUCCUCCUCAUUACUCAUCUUCUCCCUCUUCCCUGCUCAACCGGACAAAUAAAUUCCACUCUGGAUCCCGACAAUUUUUUGGCACCUUUUUGGAAGCUUGGCAGACCCCGUCUCCGCAGCAAAAACCAGCAUUAUUUUUUUGUUUUCUUUCGCGGAUAAAGGCGGGCUCUGUUUGUCACUCUCACAGCAGCCCCUCAGUCACUCUCUUCUUCGGUGUGUAUGUAUUUCCAGACAUCAAUUGGCGUGCCACUCCUACAAGACCAUCUCACUCAAGUAGAAUUGUGAGAUGAAGGAGAGUGGAAUAAACGGCGGCUUGGAAACUCUCAAACCGCCUCAUCAGAUUCUUGCAGUCACAACUUCACCCCUCACCACCACAACCACCGCAAUCAUGGACGCCAAAACUACCACCACCACCACCAGUGCCGUCCCCCCAAGCGAGCAAACCACAAAAUGGAACACCAAAAACCUCCCCUUCCGCCUCGGCGCCGACCUCAUCUCCGCCGCCUCAGCAGCCGUCCUCGUAGCACCCAUCAUCUCAGUCAUUGACCGAUCAAUAAUGGAAAACGCCUCAGGCCGCUCCCCCCUCCUAACCUCCCUCCGCACCUCCCUCACCACCUUCCUCACCUCCCCCAAAACAAUGUUCCUCUCCAAACCCUUCGGCCUCAUCUUCGCCCUCUACGGCGGCACCUACCUCACAGCCAACACCCUAGACACCUACCUCUCAACAACGCAAUCCCUGGCCCCCACAUACGUCUCCUCCGGCCCAGAAAAGUUCAUCGCCUCCUCCACAGCAAACAUAGGAAUUUGCAUCUACAAAGACCAAGUUUUUGUCCGCCUGUUUGGUCCCCCGGGCAUCACCCGCCCUGUCACCCUCCCGUCGUACGCGCUGUUUGCGAUGAGGGAUUGCAUGACGAUUUUCGCGUCGUUUAAUGUGCCGGGGCUGCUGGGCCCGAGGAUACAGGAGAGGCUGAGCGAGGGGUGGAGGAGGUCGGGGCCGACGGGGGCGACGAUGGCGCAGUUUGCCGCGCCGGCGGCGGUGCAGGUUUUUAGCACGCCGGUGCACCUUUGGGGGUUGGACAUUUACAACAGGCCGGGGGUGGGGGUGGGGGAGAGGGUGAGGUUGGUGGUGAGGAAUUGGGGGGUGAGCACGGCGGCGAGGGUGUGCAGGAUCGUGCCGGCUUUUGGGGUGGGGGGGGUGGUGAAUUUCAAGGUGAGGGGGGGUUGA